AUGUCUGACAUACAGCUCUAUCUGGUCGAGGCCGACAAAAACAAGGAUGAGGCCAGAAAGCUAGCCGCUCGUUCUGCUGCUGCUCUCGCCAAUGGAGACCUCAAGCUUGUUGAACUUAUCGAAACUGCUGGCGAAUACAUCAACCAUGAGGAUGCAGCAAUGCGAAUCAAAUCGCUUUCUUACCUGGCUGAUGUUCUGGAACAAGUCGCCCCAAAGGUCUUGAAAGGUCAACAGCGUAAUCUGCUAUGCGGUUUCAUUCUGACUAGGGUCUCUGAUGACAGCGAGGGCACUGGUCAUUGUGCAAGGGCACUAAUGGCCUUGGAGAAGUUGGGCAAAUGGGAUUCGGACACCGCUGCCAACAUCGCAAAUACCUUCGUGAGUGACUCUCAGACACUACGGGAUCACAAACUCCAAAGCGAGCGUUUCACAAUCCUUCAGCUUCUGGACUUGUUGCUCAGGAACUAUCGCAAGGCCCUCAAGGAUCUGCACAACGACGACCAUGACUUCCUGGCCAGAUUCAUCACCUACUUUGACGGAGAGAAGGAUCCUAGAAAUCUGAUGAUUGUCUUUUCCAUCCUACAAGUCCCCAUGACAGAGUGGGACCUUGGUCCGCAUGCACAAGAUCUGUUCGACUCGGUCUUCAACUACUUCCCAAUCACAUUCAAGCCUCCUCCAGGCGACCCAUAUGGUAUCACAGCCCAGGACCUCAAGGGACGCCUCCAAGAUUGCAUCUCGGCCUCCUCAGACUUUGCUCCAUACUCUUUCCCCGCACUCCUUGACAAACUGGAUUCCAGCUCUAUUAACACAAAGCGCGACGUUUUAGCGGCUCUCAAGGCCUGUGUCAACAACUACGAGCCCGCUACCAUAUCUUUGUACUCUGUCACACUUUGGGACUCGCUGAAGUUUGAGAUUCUGAAUGUUGAGGAGGAAGAUCUGGCGCAAGAAGCACUUGCUACUCUUGCCGCAAUUGCCAACCAAUUGAGUAAGAUCCAGGAAGGCGCACUUACCGCUUACCUCAAGCCUGUCAUCAAGGAGUGCAAUGAGCAUCUCGAGGAUGCACCAACAAAACAAUCUCAAGCUGCUGGUCGUAUUCUCAACAGUAUUGCAAAGACUUCUCCCGAACUCGCCAACACAUUGACCAAGGCUGUUCUUCCUCAUUUGUUCGAGCUUUUCCAAUCAUCCGAAUCUAUCGCCAAGAGACGUGGUCUCAUCGAAGUCCUCAACUCAUUGAUCAGCGCAACAAAAGAUGUCUCGGAACAAUGGAAGAUCUACAACGCCGAAGGCAUCCUCGUGGCAGAUCGUGCUGACGAGAGCGCGUUGCGCGAUUGGAGUGCGGAAGCUCUCGAAGCCAUGUUGAGAGCUGUUAUCAACGCUCCCAAGUCUGAAGUUUCGUUCCGUCUCUUUGCUAUUGCAGGUCUUAUCGGUAUGAUCAAGAUACCGAAGUUGUUGGCCGAUAGCGACGUUUCACGCAUCAUCGAGUCAUUCACAGACAUCAUCAUCCAAGAACGUUCUGCUGCAAACUCAGAGGUCGAAGGCGCGGCUAUCAGUGGACUCGCUGUGGCUGCUCACCACAGUCCGAUUGUCACGUCAGAAAAGGCUUUGCCGACAUUCCUUGCUGAGUUGCCAGACAACCCUACUUUGGGCUCAGGGUACGAAAAAGUGCUUGAAGCAUUCACUAAACUUAGCACAGAGACCCAAGUUUUCGAUACGAUCGUUUUGCGCCUGAAGAACAAGUUACAAGCUGCCUUGCACCAAGAAGCGAAUAUUACCUACAUCCACGCACUUUUGAUGGCCAUUCUCUUUGCCUUUUCCAAUGGAUCUCCUGGCACUGAAGAUGGAGUCAUCAAGUUCUCGUAUUUCUCAGACAUUGCAAAGCCACUUCUGGACCAAGCUCUGGGUCUCUCAGAAGGUAGUUCUCGCUCAUUGAGCGAUCACACAAGUACGGACAUCAUUGGCCGUAUCAGUAACAUCAUUCUCAAAUCACAAACAAUGCAUUUGCAGAAUCAAGUGCUAGCGGAGUAUGAAUCAUCUUUCAAUUCUUUUGGAAAGGACUCAUCCGAUGCCUACUCGAAAGCUGCCGUCAUUGCUUCGCUACACCUCAAUGCUGCUUUUCAGCGUGAGGCUCUUUCUCCCGAGUCAGCUACAGAUCUUCUGAAAGCGCUAUCCCGUACGGCAGUCGAUCAGUCAACAUUGCCAAACGUGCAACUUUCGGCACUUCGACAAGCUGCUUUGGUCGUUAACAAAUUCAUACCUCCAGCAGAUCUAGAGCAGUCUUUGAUCAGCACUUCUACGGACGUAAAAUCCUUGCUUGGUCAAAAUCGCUCUUCCGAAUCUAUCAUUCUAGCAUUCUCUAUCGUCAAAGGCCUGUUGAUCCAGGGCAAGAGUAACAAAUACACCACAGCUUAUCUUCAAAGCUUGUUGGAACUAUUGUCGGAUACCACAUUUGGAAGCGUGGCAGCCCGUGGCUUCGUUACGAUCCUCGCGCCUGACGACAUCUUGUCUAAGGAGAACCAUUGCUACCUUUCUGGUCUUUACAAACAAAAAACGUUCAACCAGACAGUACCAGUCAUUUCGACUUCCAGCAAAACCGCUGACUCGGCCGUAAAACCAAACUACCUUGUCGCAUUAUCUGGUAUUCUCAGGUGGUUACCCUACUCGAUUAUUGAGAACUCUUUGUCAACACUCGUGUUGCUCCUGCUACAGUCUCUUGAUUUGCAAGAUCAGGCUCAUCAAGAUGUCAAAUCCGCGACACUAGUCUCCUUGGAGACUAUUAUCACGCAAAACGCAUCAGCACUUUUCGAGCACGCUUCGUCGUUGAUUUCGCGUCUGCUUACAUGCACCGCAGCCCCAGAUAACACACCACAGGUUCGCAAAGCUGCUCUGCGCUGUCUCACACACCUCCCAACUCAGUUUAAGCGGGAGGCGGUGGUUCCGUAUAGGAGACAGGUUGUUAAGCGGUUGAUGGCCUGCCUCGACGAUGGAAAGAGAGCUGUGCGUACCGAAGCCGUUCGUUGCAGAACCGCUUGGCUCAGCCUUGACCAAGAGGAUUCAGAUGAGGAGUAG